ACGGCGCGCGCAGACCAACACCAUCACCUGUACGAAUCCACCACCCUCCUUCAGAUCCGUGGAACCACUCGAAAACUGCGUCGUGCGCUCGUAGAUCGUACUCCUGAACAUACAGCAAGCCUUCAAAGCGUUUGAAAAUGCUGGACCAGCAUCUACAAGCAGCCUUUUCCUCGUCGGACAAAGGUACCGACUCGACUUUUGCCAGUCUGACCGCUCUGCUGGCAGAUCCGAGUUUGUCGAUCGACGUGCGCCUCGUGGAGCGUCUUCAAGUCGCUGCUCUUCAAGAAGCUGUCAGGCGGCAGGUAGCUAACCGAAAUUCGAACGAGGAAGUCGGGCGUGCGGGGUCUUGGAAAGAAGAGGACGCGGAGAAGGAUCCUUACACACGAGAAGUCUUGCAGGCUCUGCAGGAGGAGAAGAGUAGGAAUGAUGUAGAGUGGGAGAGGAUACGUGAGGGUCUCAUUCGUCUAGGCAAGGUGGAUCCAUCAGAAGUGGGCAUGGACGAUGAGGAGGAUGUGUGGGGUGCUAGCAUGGAUGACUCGGCAGCUGAGAGGCGGCAAGAGAAGAGUCUCAGAGACAAAGAGCUUCAAGUCGAUAUGCUGGACGCCGAGAUCAAAGCGCUUGAGGCGGAAAUGUCUGUGCUGCCGACAUCCACAACGACGCUGGCGCAGACCAUAGACCUGAGGAAGGACCUGUAUGCAAGCAUCAAUCAAUUCGAUGAUGCCUUGAUGGAGCUGCAUGCAAGAGUGGAGAGAGAGAGGCAAAGCUGCGAUUCUGACCGCAAGCUGCUGUCUGAUCUGCAAGCCGUGUCUCAAGGGUUGGAAAGACGAAUCGCCACAGAGAAGGAGAAAGCCAGUCUUCUGACCCCCGAAGAGAUCUCAGACAACCUUCGGAACAAGAUAUCUCGAGUUGAGGCCGACUUGUCACUCCUCCUCAAUACGCUCAUUUCCACUUCUAAUGGACUCUUCACUGAAGCAAAUGCCCGCAUGGGCGCUCAGCUGCGCGCUUUGCUGGACACGCUGAUGAACAAGGCGUGGGACACACCAGCAGAUCCUUAUGUGGACGUGAACAGGCGGUUUGCUCCGCCACUCGUCGCUUUCCUAGUCAGAGCCAACAUCGCUUUGGAACAUCCCAACGAUUCAAGAAGGUUGAGGCUGGCCAACUUCCAGCUGCCUGCAGGUACUCUGUCCUAGUCAGAUGCGCUGCGCGUAGCCUCACCGCAAGCGCAAGCCGGCUUCUGUAACGCUCUGUUUGCGAUCAAGCUCGAGCUGAGACUGUAAUGGUAUACAUGGGUUGUGCCUAUACGAAGUCGGUGGGCUCGUCCUCUGCAUGCUGGCGCAUACAAGGGGUCUUAGUCCCAGUCCAGCUCAUCCUUUUCGUCAGCCCGUUCCUCAUCCGUUCCGACAAGAUCGUCAUUCUCAAAUUCUUCCUCCUCGUAAGCUCCCAAGAGCUCAUACAACCUCUCCUUGACCUCUCCCAACCCCUCUUUUCCCCCCACGCAUCC